AUGGAUCGUUUAAGUGACCCUCAGGGAAAUCCGUUACGAAAUCCGCCGCGCGGAAACCCGGAUCGACCGAACGGUAAUCGCCAAGAGCGUCGAGCCGCGGCGGCUUGGCGGAGGGUGCAAACUGCUGUAUCAGAAAGUAGCGCAGAAUCCCCCGCGGAACCUAAGUAUCGCCGAAGUCAAAUGGAAGGCUUCGAGCAAAGGCUACAAAAUCUACAGGAUCAAUUUGAAGGCAAGGUGAGGCCUUCUGCUAAGAAUCUAUUAACCUCCUCGCCCUUCGUGGAUGAAAUCAUGGACUAUCGGGCUCCCGCGGACCUAAAAAUCCUGGAACAUGCUACUUUCGAUGCCAACCGAUUCCUCACUCAUUACGCCGUAAACAUCAAGCCGCAGCGCAAUCUUACCCACUUGAGCGGAAUCAAUCAAGAUGAGGGAGAAGCUUUGAAGACGUAUCUGGCUCGCUGGCAAAAAGAGAGAGCCAGUCGUCAGGCAGACACAGAAGAGGCUGUGAGACAAAAACGGCAGCGAGAAGCUGCCGGAUCCAGCGCUAAGCGAUCCCGACCUGACUCCAGGAGUCGAGCGGAACCUGAGCGUCCUAGUCGCAUUGAGGUUCGACGGGGAGCUGAGAGGGUGGGGGCUCCGCCCCCUCGCCUUACCGCGGCCCAACCCGUGCAUGAGGUAAAAGAUACCUUGCCUCCCCCUCCGCCUCUGAAACCUGGAGAUCAGCCCGAGAUCCUACCUCCGGGAGGGGUUCCGGCGAAAUACUGUCGAUAUCACCGAUCGACUACGCAUACCACGGAGGAAUGUUUUUACCUGCGCAAAGACAUAGAGGCCAUGAUACAGAAGGGUGCCCCACCCCCACCUAAUCAGUGGAGGCGACAUCCGCGCUCCGACAAAACAGAUUCACGCUCCGAUCGAGGAAAACAACCCGCUUCUGAGGAAGAGGAGACUAAUUGGAAGCACAAACCUGUUAUCAACAUGAUAGUAGGAGGACCGGAAGGAGGAGACUCAUCCGGUUCUCGGAAAGCUUGGGCUCGGCAACUGUACGUGGGGACCAUCUAUGGUCGGGAUGAUAGUCUAAAAAAGGUAUGUCGAGAACCCAUCUUGUUUACCGACGAGGACCUACCCCGAAGCCAACAUCCCCAUCGGGAUGCUUUGGUUAUCACCAUGGACGUCCAUGGCACGGUAGUCCGAAGAGUCCUAGUGGACACAGGGAGUAGCGUGAACAUCUUGUAUCUGGAGGUGUUUGAGAGAUUGGGGUUACAACGUAACAAGCUAAAACCUGUGAAAACACCUUUGGCCGGUUUUACCGGGGACUCGAUUGAGUCAGAAGGAUCCAUACGUUUGCCGGUCGAAAUCGGGACCUUUCCCAACCUUCGAAGCAUAGACAUGGAAUUUGUGGUAGUCAACCUAUCCUGCUCCCAUAAUAUGAUUCUGGGGUGA